AUGGCUGUCCCAGAUGCCAGUGCUCCAUCGGAAAACUUGACCUGGGCGGAAGGAGAGAUUUCUCAACACGACGUCCGUAUGAUUAUUGGAGGGACUGACACCCCCCAAGGGCCCAUAUUCAAGCGGACGAGAAAAUCCACCACAGAAGAGGGGCCGACCCGAAACCGCGUGUCCGAAGACACCCUUGCAUUCAGCGAAGAGGAUCUCAAGGCCAUGACAGAACCGCACAAUGACGCAUUGGUAAUCUCGUUUCUUUCAAACAACACUAAGAUAAAACGUGUGCUCGUGGACCCAGGCAGUUCGGCCGACAUAAUCAGAUCGGAGGUGGUAGGACGAUUGGGGUUGCUCGAUCGAGUUACUCCCAUCUCUCGAAUCCUCCAUGGAUUUAACAUGAUCGGCGAGGUAAAGAAAGGAGAGGUGACCCUCACGAUCGACACGUCCGGCGCAGUUCAAAACACCAAAUUCCAAGUCAUCGAUUGCGACAAGAGGUACAAUGCAUUGCUCGGCAGGCCUUGGAUACACAGCAUGAGGGCUGUACCAUCAACCCUCACCAGAUGA